AUGGCGAUCCCAGAAGUUGCCGUCGGCGGCGUCGUCGCAAAUGUGAUUCUUGUUGUGCUCGCAACUAUUAUAGUUUCCCUACGCUUCUAUGCAAGAAAGAGAAGUAAGCUGGCCUUACAAGCUGAUGAUUGGUUGAUAUUUUUCUGCUUGAUAUGCUCAAUUGCGUUAUGCGUUGAAUGCAUCUAUGCAGCCGCGAGUGGACUCCGAGGAGUUCAUCUAUCGACUUUGAGCUUCCCAGAUAUCGAACGGUUCUUUGAAGUCCAAUUUGCGGAUACUUUGAUUUGCCAUUUUGUGUAUGGACUUAUCAAAAUAUCAGUCGUGGUUUUCUAUAAACGCAUUUUCACUAGCCGGACCUUCAUCAUCUGUGCGAAUACCGCAUUGGGCAUGAUUUCGUUAUAUAUGAUUUUGUCAUUCUUCCUGUUCCUUUUUUCGGCUCAUCCUGUCGCAGCGUAUUGGAACACUACACCCGAAUUGAUUGGCACUCAAUUUAUUUUGGAUGUUCCGAAUCUCGUUAUCGCGUGCGCAGCUGUAGAUAUCUUCCUUGAUAUCGCAGUCCUAAGUCUUCCAUUCCCUGUGAUAAAGGGCCUUCAUAUGCCGACAGAGAAGAAAGUUUAUGUGUCCGGUGUUUUCCUUCUUGGUGCUUUCUGUCUCAUCUCAUCUUGCAUCCGACUUUACUAUUCCCAGAAACUAUUCGGAACCAGCACACCUGAUCUCAAACUCGACGAAGAAGUGUAUCUCUGGGCUCACAUCGAAGCCUACGCCAGCACUAUAACUGCCUGUCUUCCCUGUCUCGCACCUCUUCUCCGCGGUGGCCGCAGCCUCGGCUCUAUGAUCGGUAGCGUGCGUUCUAAACUCUCCAUCCGCAGCAAGAACAGUUCUCUGUUCCGAAAACACUCGUCUGACUCCACAUCCAACAAUCUGCCAAGCCCUCUUUCCGAAAAGUCACCUUGGAAUGACGAUGGAUCAGGACCAACUUCAAUUGUUACGGGUGGAGCUAGAGAUUUGGAGAGUCAGAGAUAUCCCAAGUACCCCGAUGAGAGAAUUCUGGUGGAGAAGAGCUUUGUUUCGGCCGCUGGAUCAGCGGUUAAUUGAUGGGGUAUAUUCAGUUGAUAGGGACAAGACCUGGCUUUGAAGAGAGUCCUUAAAUGGCUGUGUUUGUACUUGGAGGAUAGGUACUUAAGGAUAGAUCCGUCCUUUAUGUAAGACUUUAUGGAAAUGAGACUUCAAGUGACAUUGCAUUGUCCUGUGCUUUCCUAAACGGAUUUCUCGAUUUAAGAUUUCGAUUGAAACCUUUCAAAGGGCAGUGUUGCUCGAAGCAUGCCUUGUCCUUGUUGGUUUGAAAAUACUAAUCGUUAGUCAACAUAACUUGAUAGACUUACUUCUGUCCAUCCCAGUCAC